AUGGAGAGCUCAUGCUCAGGUCCAGCUCUCGGCAGCCUACAGCUGUGGCUUGAUUCCCUAAGACCUUCCACCACCAGUCGGAGGACGCGUUCGGCGGAAUGCGUCCCGACCACGUCGCAGGCAAGACAACAACAGUCCCUUACCAAUCGGCCCUUUGAUCAGCUACAUCCCCUCAACAAGGUUUCGGCUGCGGACGAUGGCGACAAUGAGACGGUCUUGUAUUUGGGAUAUGGAUCCAACUUGAGUGCUGAGACAUUCAGAGGAAAAAGAGGCAUACGCCCGUUAUCACAGGUCAAUGUCCUUGUCCCGAGCCUAUCCUUGACCUUUGAUCUACCGGGAAUCCCAUAUUUCGAGCCGUGCUUUGGCAAUGUUCGCUACAGAGAUGUCACACCCUACGGAGACGGAGACACCACGACCACGAAGGACUACCACAAAGAUCGUUGGAAAAAGGGUAUGGUCGGGGUGGUCUACGAAGUGACAAAGUCCGAUUUUGUGCACAUCAUCGCUACAGAAGGUGGUGGCGCAGGAUAUCAAGAUGUGCUUGUUGAUUGCUACGCCCUCAAUGGAGGCCCAAUGGAGGAUGUCCCAACCAUGCCCUCGGGACAACCUUUUAAGGCGCACACCCUGUUUGCACCCACAAAGACAACUCGACCUGAUCCAUCCUAUGCACAACCAAGCCCAAGAUACCUAAAGUUGAUUACAGACGGUGCCGAAGAGCAUGGAUUGCCCCUCGAAUAUCAAGCCUUCCUCCACCAGAUCCGUACAUUCCACCUCACAACUAUAAAGCAGAGGUUGGGCUCCUUCAUCUUUCUGAGUGUAUGGUCUCCCUUGUUCUUGUUCUUCAUGGGUGGGGCUGCUGCGAUAUUUUUGAGACCAGACGGAACCUAUCCAAAGUGGUUUGCAAAGUUCUUGAAUGCUAUGUUUGCGGCAUGUUGGGCGAGUUACGACAACUUCUUCAAAGAAAUUUUUGGAGAUGGCGAACGGACUAUGGGGGACAAGAAUGCAGACCAUGAAGGUGACGCUGGCGAUAACAUUGGUUCUGCUCUGGACGAGAAAGAGCCAUUGAUUGAACGGACGCAGCAUAAAUAUGGAGCAAACUAUUUUCUUCGCAUCCUAACAGCCGAUGUGCUGCGAGAGCUUCUGUUUAAUGGGGCAGAAAGGGAAGCUCUGAAGAAGUCGUCCAACAAACCCAGUAUUGUGGAUAGCCUUCCUGUCUCAAAGAACGGCGAUGCCACGUGGAUGAGUAAGGUUGUCGACCACCUUAGUGGAAAUGAUCUCGCAAGAGCAUUUGCUGGACAGGCCGAGCGUAUCUUCAGAGUACAGCGCCUCGAAUGUGACGGAAGCGAAUACUUCGCAGGCUCUUCACCAUUUGUUGCGACGGUGUCAAGCGAGGUUGCCUUUUUAAUACCCAACGGCGGGGAUAUGCUCACAUUACUUUCUGUCCCUGUGUCACAGAACAUGUCCCUCAAUCAGCAGGCCCUGGAUCCCGAAUUAUCGACCAUCCUUGAAAUCCGAUAUCCCGGGGUUGAAGGGGAUCGAUUUAUAAAUGGAGCCAAAGGCGCCAUAAACAGCCUCGCGAUAACCUUUGAUGACCAGGAUGCAGUGAAAACGUUCAUUCAGAUGGUUGAGGAGCGGCAGCAUGAGAAUAUACGAGAUAGCGUGCUAGGUGCGCCAGGAACUCCUAAAAAGCACUCUAUUGCCUUUAUGGAAUUCGAUUCAGCUUCAGCAGAAGACAACCCCGGAAAGGGAACAAGAUCGAAUUCUACAGUGGCCAUCGAUGCUAAUCCUUCUUCCCCUCUUCACAACAUUUCAUCGCAUAAGCGGCACAAUCAAGAUUCGACAGCUACGUCUGCGAUGCAGAUUCAUGCCUCCACGGUUCAGCUUGCCGAAAGAUCAAGCAAUAAAUUGUCUAAGGAUGCACUGGGACCGAAGCUCUCCCUAGAUGACGAAUCCUUGAUCGGACUGCCACAUACUUCUCAGAGUAGCCCAAAGCGUGUGCGGUCAAGGGCUAGGAUGACCUCAGGACGGGUGCAGCUGGGUCGCAGAAAUACGGAAGUGGAUGUUGCGGAAGGUGCUAUUGAGAAAGAACCAGCAUCCCAAUCGCCUUCAGAUGCAGAAAGUAUCAUUGUAGUUGACUUUGCCCACAAAAACCCCAGACCAGAGAUCGCUAUGGCUAAAGUGGUGGUUCCCCAGCCUGAUGCACAAAGCGAUUCUCAAGCUGAAGGAGGAACAGCCAAAGUGGGCCUCAAGCGGAGGACAGUCAAAGACGUUACAGCUCUUCAGAACGAACAGAUGCAGAAACCACUCAAAUCCACAUUAGAGGCCGCUGACUUUGACCUCCCACCUUCCAGUGAUGAGGAAAUUCGUCCCAUAAAGAAGGCAAAGACGAAAACUUCUAUGAUCCCGACCAAGUCAUCUCUGAAGGAAUCCAAAAGCACGAAAAAGGGGAACUUUCAGACCGCAGUUUCACCAAAACGACACAAGAAAAAGCAGAUUGAGAAGAUGAUCAGGCCAGCAGGUGAAAAAUCCCAGAGGACGGCCGCCUCAACGAGGUCCAGGCGGGCUGCCAAAAAAACACCAACGUAUGUCGAGGAACCUGAUGAGAGCAACGAGGAUACCACAAAGGAUGAUAUCGAAGAAAGAGGGAGGGAGAAGCAUGAAACGCAUGACAAAGCUGGGGAGGCUGUUCGAGGCUCCCUUCCCCUCAGCAAAGGGGCAACGAAAAAGGGUCUGAAAGCUUCCCAACGCGGUUUUGCAUCGAAUAUGCAAGAGAUCCUUGACGGAGACAGCACCGAUGGGGAGGAUGGACUAGCACGAGGCCCUCUGGCAUGCUACCCUCCAGACGACCAACUCACACCAAUGCACGGCUCCGCUGCGCGGCAGACCAGCCCUGAACAGGCUGUAGCGAGCAACGAGAAGCACACAUCAAAGCAUUCGGGCGAAAAUGCCGUCUCUAAAACUAUUGCUGGUUCAAAGGGUAAUGAUCAGCAGAAAUCUACUUACCAAGGCGACUCGAAGCGACCGAGUGAGAGUUCGAUACCUCCAGUGAGCGAAAAGCUACUGCGAAAGACUAAAAUCGUGCACUUUGGACCUCAAGGCCCUGGUAAUCAGGCUGUUCCAAUCAAGUCUCCAGUGACACUUAACGAUUACGAAUCGACAAAGGAGAUCAGUCCAACCCCCAAUCGUGUAAGGGUCAGGCAAGAUGAACAUGUGGAAGACAUCGACGAACUUGUUCCGGACUACUGCGACGAGUCUUCACCGAGCCCGCCACAAAUCGAGGAAACCCGGAUUCUAUUUGCACACGAUGGGGAUGAUUUACUGGAGGAGCCUGGUGAACGCCAAGGGCUGGAUAUUUAUACACAUACUGACAACAUAGGCGAGCAAAUCGUCUCAGCUUCUGAUAAACGGACGACUAUCAUCAACGAACCAGAAACUUCCAGGCAUGUUAUCUCCAGAACUGAGAAAACGGCCAGUGGGAACGCCUCCCAGCUUUCUAGCCCUCCUCGCUUGCACAAGACCGGUAUACACCAAACCAGACUACAAAGACCGUUCCUUACUGAUGAUGCGUCUCAUUGUUACGCUUCUAGAGCCAACGGAACGCAAAUCACUGGAGACUCGAUAGCCCAGGCCAUAAAGACCAAUUCCGCCUCGGAUCAGGGAUAUACACAAACCAGAGAACCCGUUGGUAACAGCAAGAAUCAUGCAGGUUGUCAAAUACCCGCAACGAAAGAUUCCAGCACACGGAGUGCCGUAUCCCAUGCACUCCGUUCAACUUCUGAGGAAAUCAUACAAUUUGAAAAUCCAGAGCCGACUCGAGAGUUGAACAAUACGGGUCUGUCUCGCAGAGUCAAUGCUGUACCCAAGAUUCACCGUGAUAUUGUAUCAUUAACGCAGGACAACCCAGUGGCGGGCCCGCAGAGCACGCGUGAGCCUUGCGCGUUGCUCCCGCAUAUUGCAGCCGAUUCAAUGGCUCCGCCUCCACCACCAGCCGACUCGGUCAGGCAGCCCAGUUCUCUUCGCAGAAUACGACCCGCAGGACAGGCUAGGCAAACAGCUCUUCCUCUGAAAGAAAUGAGACAGCCCGUCAUUACGGGGCCUAUCAGGGUGAAAAAGAGCAUGAGCCUGCCUCUCGUUAUUGAGCCUGAGCUUGAGCCCGAAUUACCUCCAGCAACGCCAGACUCGUUCUCCACGCGUCUUCACCUGCAUGACCGCUUUUCAAUUAAUGAAGUGCCAGACAAUGGAGGCCUGAAAACGACAGGAGUAGACACGUGGCAAAACGUUGGUAACGACAGCUUGACUAUUGUAAAUGGGGACGAAACAGUCUAUGGAGAUUGUCUAGGCUGCGGGCCCAAGCGAGGGCGGAGACAACAAUCUGACUCGGAACAUGAUGGCUCGACGACUGCGUCUCCUUCCAACAAACCCAGAGGAGACUCUAGACGAGGCGACUCGAUAAUAGCAUUUCCAUCUGCCCGUGAGUCUCAACGGGGUAUGCUUGAUGCUAUCAUCAACAUAACUAAUGAUGUCCUAUUCCGAUUCGGCUCAGAAGAAGACGCCAUGAGAUCGAAGGUCAGCGAGUACGAUCGUGGAGGGGGAGUAAUUAUCCAGACUCUAACAGACACGUGGACUCAACGUCUGGAACACGAGCGACACCUCCUCGAGGAUAUCUUGAAGGAGGAGAAAGACGUUCUGACAACGGCGCUGCAACUUGUACAAUGUACGGACCAAUUGGGUGGAAACUGGAGAAAGACCAUUUAUAAUCGGGAGUUGACAAGGCAAGUACAGGACAAAGGCAAGGGCGUUGCACGGAAGAUUGAGAACCUGAAGAAUAGAGGCUGA